GGAAGCCUGUCGGCUGUGGUUUGGUGGAUUGACUUUUAAAGCAGUAAUGGCCACCGCAAGGCUUGAUUACGUUCCUCCGUGGUGGACAUACUGGCUGCACAAUUUCCCUCACUUCAAUUUCUUUUUCCAAUCGGUCGACAACACUUUCAAACCGGAGGAGGCGAGCUAUCAGCAGUCUUUGAUAUUUCUAGCAUGUGUUGGUGCCGUGGGUCUUGGUCUGAGCCUGCUGGUUCUGGCAAUAUUCCUGGUGUGCUUGUGCUGCUGCCGCAAAGAAAUAGAUGAAGAUACCAAAAGGCCUAAUACCUGCUGUGUCACCUGGGUCGCUGUCAUCACAGGUCUCAUCAUAUGCUCUGCUGUAGGAGUGGGUUUCUAUGGGAACAGUGAGACCAACGACGGGGUGUACCAGCUGACCUACUCACUCUACAAUGCCAAUCACACAUUGGGUGGCAUCAACAAUCUGGUUGCAGGAUCUCUGGCCAGCGUGGAAACUGGACUUAAAGAACACCUUGAACGCCUGGAUGAGAUAUUUGCUAAAAGGGCUGACUACCUCCAAGCGCUGGGCUUCAUGCAGCUGAUGGUCAACAAUGUCAUUCGUGAGCUGACUGGCCUGCCAGACAUCAGCAAAGCCAAUGUUGACUUGGCAGCCAUUGCCGACCAAACGGCUUUCAUUGAGUAUUACAGAUGGCUAACUUACCUGCUGCUGCUCAUCCUGGAUCUGGUCAUCUGCCUGGCCAUGUGCUUGGGGAUGGCAAAACACUCCCAGUGUCUGCUCAUCACGAUCAUGGGUUUUGUUGCGCUGUCUUUGAUCCUGAGCUGGGCCUCGCUAGGAGCUGCUACUGCUACAGCUGUGGGCACGAGUGACUUCUGUGUGUCUCCAGACAAGUUUAUUGUUAACCAAACCAAGGAUUUUCUCAGUGCAGAUGUUGCACACUAUUAUUUGUUCUGCAGGCCGAAUCUACCAAACCCCUUCCAACAGUCUUUGACAAUCUGCCGGCGUUCUCUGACCACCAUGCAAAUCCAGAUCCAGGGCCUGCUGCAGUUCUCUGUGCCCAUCUUUCCUACCGCUGAGAGAGACCUUUUGGGGAUCCAGCGACUGCUAAACUCCACUGAGUUCAGUGUGCACCAGCUAACAGCCUUCCUAGACUGCCGUGGGCUACAUAAGAACUAUCUUGACGCCCUGAUGGGCGUGUGCUACGAUGGGGUGGAAGGGCUCCUCUACCUCUCUUUGUUUUCUCUCCUGGCUGCCUGUGCACUCUCUACCAUGCUGUGUGCAAUUUUCCGAGUGUGGACACUAAUGGGCAGCAGGGAAAAAGAGUAUGACGACAUAGAUGAGGAAGACCCGUUCAACCCCCAAGCACAUCGGAUAUCCUAUAACCCCAGAAGGUCCAACACACACAGUUUCUAUAGCUAUACCAGCAGCCUUGGCAGCCAGGCCAGCCUUCAUCCACCUCCUCAGUCUGCUUCUAAUAUCAUGCAACCCCCUGAAUACAUGAAUCAGUCCAUGCUGUUUGGAGGGACUCCUCGAUAUGAGAACGUGCCACUGAUAGGGAGAGGAUCCCCGCCUCCCUCGUAUUCACCCAGUAUGAGGACCACUUAUCUGUCUAUGACUGACGCCCAGAUCAGACACUUCGGGACUGACUUCCAGGUGUAGCCUGCUGCCUGCCCAGUUGUUUUCAGAGCUUCCAUCUGAGACUCUGGGCUCCAACCAAGAGUGCUGGCUUCAUGGCGUAAUCCUGUUUAAGGGAGUGUUGGCCUGCUGUCCCAAUCUAAGACAUUAGAGCAGGCCAUAUGAGGCAUUUACCUCAGUGACACAUCAUUGCAGUGCUGGGAAAGCCCUGAAUGCAGUUAUGAACAAGGAGAGCCUGUACAGGUUCCCCACAAGACUGUCGUUGUUGUUGUUGUCAUGAUUUAUGGAAAUACUACAGUAUUACUCAAAUGUAAGCAUUUCCAUGAGUCAAAUCAAAAGCCUUUGAAGUGAAUGAAUCAAAAAAAAAAGUUGUGUUUUGUUGUCGUUGUUGUUGCUUUUUCCAAUAUUCUGGUGCCGUGCAUGGACAUAAUCAUUGGUCAGUAUUUUAUUGGGGGGUGAGUGGCUGAAUAUGACUAUGAAACGACUUUCGAUCAUAAUAUUUGGGGGUUUUUUUGUGCGUGUGUUUGGCAGCAUUUUAAUAUCAUCAUUGUUUGGGCCUUUUUGACAUUCUGAAUGGUGCAAUAUGACAUGAAACUGAUCUGUUCAACUUCAUCAUUGUAAUGAAAACGACUACAAACCAAAUGUUGUGGUUUUGUUUGGAACAGCCAAAGAUGCCUUUAAAGUUAAUUCAAAUAGACAUUGAUGAGGGAAAAUUCCCCAGAAUUCAUUAAGCACAAUGUAAUAAAUUUUAACACCCUGGCAUUUAUAAGUGUGCUGUGACUGCCACAGCAAGGAAGACAAUGAAAACAUAAUUAUCAGUACAUCAAAGCAGUUGCUGUGUUAUAAUAAUAUUUCAUUUUGGAAUACGAAAUCCAGUGCCACUACUAACAGUCAGCUGAUAGAAUACGAACUUGAUAUGCAAAAGUUUUAAGUUUGUUGUCAGGUUAAUGUAGCCACUGAGUCUUGUGAAUGAGAAGUCGUAUUUUACAUUAUUGGACAAAUCUGUUGUAUGCUGUUUUACAUGUUGGAUGAUGUAUCAAACGUAACUAAUGUUUGUACAUAAAAGGUUGUAUUUAGA